AUGGUACCCGAUGCAGGAUCUGACGACGCUGUAUUCGCAAGUGCCGUAAUAGCACCUAUUGUAGGUGUGGACCUGGGGAUGGAGAUGCAACGUCUUUAUCUAGAGGUUGAAAAGAGGGAUGCCUUCAAUAAGAAGGUAUCAAUUAUGAGGGCGAAAUUGCAGCGUUGGGCUUCUAAAACGGGAAUUGUAGAUGUUGAAGAGAAAGCUAGGGUAAUCUAUGGGGCCGUUAUUGAUGCCGCUCAAGUUGAGGGCAUGAGUGGGGAAUGGAUUAAUUUUCUUGCGAAGCAUCUAGCGAAGCAAGUGAUAGUGUCUAUUCGAUCGCAAGGUAUCGAGUGGCCUAUUAAUCGCCACGAGGAUUUACAUAAUGCUUUGGAAUUAUUCUUGGUUGGCAAAACUGGUGAGAUGGGAAGUGGUGAUGGCUCUGGUGGUGGUGUUAAGGCCGGUGGUUCUAGGAAUGAUUAUAAAGUUAAAUAA